GCGAAGGUGCCGGGGAACCGGCCAGCAGGCCUCGGCUCGGGAACGCCCCAGGUCCGGCUGCGUCCCAGGGGCCACGCCGAGCCCGGCGUAUGGAGAAGCGAGGGAAGAGGAUGGAUUGCCCGGCGUUGCCCCCCGGGUGGAAGAAGGAGGAGGUCAUUCGCAAAUCGGGGCUCAGCGCGGGCAAAAGCGAUGUCUACUAUUUCAGUCCAAGUGGAAAGAAAUUCCGAAGCAAACCCCAGUUGGCGAGAUAUUUGGGGAACACUGUUGACCUCAGCAGUUUUGACUUCAGGACAGGGAAGAUGAUGCCCAGUAAAUUACAGAAGAACAAACAGAGAUUAAGGAAUGAUUCGCUCAGUCAAAAUAAGGGUAAACCAGACUUAAAUACAACGCUCCCAAUCAGGCAAACGGCAUCUAUUUUUAAGCAGCCUGUAACCAAAGUGACCAACCACCCUCAUAACAAAGUGAAGUCUGAUCCACAGCGCGUGAUUGAACAGCCUAGACAGCUUUUCUGGGAGAAGAGGCUGCAAGGCUUAAGUGCAUCCGAUGUGAGUGAGCAGAUCAUAAAAUCGAUGGAGCUGCCUAAAGGCCUUCAAGGAGUUGGCCCCGGGAACAACGAUGACACCCUCCUGUCUGCUGUUGCCAGCGCAUUGCACACGAGUUCUGCCCCCAUCACGGGACAGCUCUCUGCUGCGGUAGAAAAGAACCCCGCUGUGUGGCUUAACACAUCCCAACCUCUCUGCAAAGCCUUCAUUGUUACAGAUGAGGAUAUUAGAAAACAAGAGGAGCGAGUGCAGCAGGUACGCAAAAAACUGGAGGAGGCACUAAUGGCAGACAUCUUGUCACGAGCCUCAGACACGCCUGACUUGGAUGAGGUUGAGAUGGACAAUGGAGAAGAAGCAUAAGAAUCAAAGAAUCAGGUACUUAAAAAAAAUACCCCCAGAGGAAAUUCUUAGAACCUGGAGGCGCUUUUUUUUGUUUUCCGUUGGUCUUUCUUGAUAAGAAGAAAAAAGGACCCGUGCACAUUUAUAUAGCUUUCUAAUAGCAUUAAAAACCAAUGCCUUUUUUUGGCUCUUAUUUUUUUGAUGUAUAUAUCUUAUUAAAAAAAGAGGAAAGAAAGAAAAGAGGAAAUGAAAGAAAAAGGAAAAGCUACACUUUAUUUUGUGUUUUAUGACUUCAAAAGUCUUGUUUUUAUUUUUUAUUUUUUUUAUUUUUUAAUGUUAAACAUUUCCCUAAGACUGAAGCUCAGCUCUUGAUGCCAGGUUGCAAUCCUACUGGAACUAUAUGGCUAGCACUAAACAUUAGGGUUGGUUUUCACCCCCUUCCUUUGUGCGUGCGUGUGUGCGUGUGCGUGUGUGUGCUUGUAACAAUGGAUCAGGCAAACAGAACCUUUUCCCAAUUUUUUUUUAAAAUAAUAUUGUGAUAUGAUGUGUUGUACAUAUAUUAUAUAAGAGAUUUUUAUACUGGAGUUGAGUGGAAACAUCUGUAGAUUGACCCAUUAUCAUUCUCUAAAGAGAAAUAAAUAAUUAUAUGCGGAGCAACUAAAUUUUUAGACUGUGGCAGGCUAUAAUUUAAGGCAGGUCAUUGUGCUCACCUACUGCCUUCCAAAUCAUGCCCAGAUCACAACUCUGAGCAUUAGGCAGGGAAAACGUCCAGUGAGCAGAGUGUAUCUGGGAGACCUGGGUCCAAAUUGCUGAACCUGCUGUUGCACUUGUAAGGGCCACGGAAGGGGAGGUGUACGUGUCUCCACCAGAGGCAAGUAUUACGUUCAGUGGGAACUGGAUGCCCACUGUGAUUUGAAUAGGGAUGCACACCCACGGAACGUGCAAAAUCCCCGUGCAAGAUUUUGCCAUCUCCCUUUCUCUCUCUCUCUCUCUCUUUGCCUCUUUUCUCCCAUUUGUAAAAUGGGGAAAAAAACAUGACCUACCUCACAGGGUUGUUGUGAGGAUGAACCUAAUAAAGAUUGUAAAGCACUUUUCAAA